UUGCUUCUUUAUUUGAUUAUAUUAUUCGUUUUACGGCAUCCCUAGAAGUUGCCUGUCCAGCUGAUGCACCAGGCGACAGGAGUCAGUGUCACUCUAGACGCAUUGGGUUCAGAAAAAUGGCUCAUCCUGGCUCAACGUCUUUACGGCGGCCAUUGCUGCAGUUGUUACGUAAACCCAUAACUGUAACAGCUUUCAACAGCGCCCCUGCCCACGGACAGCGAGUGGCAUCGCUGCAGCCCUCGCCGCUACAACAGACGCGAAGCCUGCAGUACUACAGAGGCACGGCCACUGUAGCAGCGGAAUACGUCCAACGAAACGCCAACAAAGACAAAGUGCCAGCCAUAGUAUCAGCGCUUCCGGGCCAGCAUCUCACCGCUAAAGUUAUCUACGAUGACCACACAACGGCUGACUUCAAGUACAUCUGGUUGCGCGACAACUGCAAGUGUCGCGCUUGUAUGGACCCGAGCUCGCAACAGAAGCUUUUAAACACUCCUGCUCUGGACGUCAAUAUUCGGCCAAAAACUGUGUCCAUCAAUGAAGCAGGCUCUCUUGAGAUCGUCUGGAACGAUGACGAACUUCACACUUCUGUUUUCGAUCCUAAAUGGCUCUUCAAAUACGGCCAAUCUUUCAUGCACAAUGCUUUCGAAAUGGACAAUGCCGAAAAAGAAGGCCUUCCUGUCCGCUCGGAGCCGGAACUCUGGGAUCGCACUGACAUUUGGAAGAAUCUGCCCGAGCUUUCCUAUAAUGAGUUCAAGAACAGUGAGGAAGGUCUCUUCACUUGGCUGGAUAUGUUCCAUAAGUACGGAAUAGCGCUUUUGCGCGGUGUUCCGGCACUUUCGGAGCAGAUCAUCGGCGUAGUGAAGCGUUUUGCGUACGUCAAGGAGACGCAGUACGGACAAAUAUUUGACGUCAUCAACGAAGCUAAGGACGGGGCACACUUGGCCUUCACUGGCAUGGCUCUUGCCUAUCAUACUGACAUGAACUACAGGGAAAAAUCGCCUGGAAUGCAACUGCUGCAUUGCCUCAAGGCAAAUAAUUCCGACAAAGAGAAUGACUUCGGUGGACGCUCCAUGUUCGUUGACGGGUUCAGAGCGGCGAGGUGGAUGGAAGAAAACGAGCCCACGGCCUUCCACGUCCUCACUUCCACUCCCAUCCGAUUCUCCAUCAAGAACUCCGGCAUGCGGUACUCGGCUAUCUGGCCCGUGAUUUGCACCAACAGUGACGGCGACAUAACCGAAAUUCACUACAACAACCGUACGAUGCAGCCUCUGCAGGCUCCCACUCACGUCGUAACUCCCUUCUACCACGCCUACAAAUUGUUCUCGCAAAAGUUGAAUGAGGCGUCAGCAGGCUUGGAGUUCAAUAUGGUACCUGGAGAUCUCGUGGCCUUCAACAACCGCCGGAUCUUGCACGCUCGCUCUGCCUAUGACCCUUCCAAAGUUGAGAGGCACUUGCAAGGCUGUUAUGUGGACAUCGACGAAGCUUUCUCCAAAUAUGAUCAGCUUCUGAUGAACAGAUGCUAAAAAUAAGGAUAUGAAGACGUAAUGUUGCGGGGCAAUGCAACCGUCGGCCCUCGUGAUCUUCCAAGAUCCAGGCUUUUUGACGCAAUUUGCGGACGAAAAAUUUAAGCUAAAUUUGAAACAUUUAUAGGUUUAAAACCUAAGUUGUGAUAAUAGUUAUUAUGAAUUAGUCAUACAAUAGCAAAAACUUAAUUUUAUAUCGUCUGUUAGCCGAGUUAGGAUAGAAAUGAUAUAGAGAACGGUAAUGAGUGACAUCAAAACAGGAGGCAACUUUCCUUGAUUUGCUACGCAGACAAAAAAAAAAUAUAUAUAUAUAUAUAAC